UUCCUAUAGUCCAUGGCCCGUGCGCGCGACCCACUGACACGUGCGCUUGUUUACGUUCCUGGCACAGGCCGUGACGUCACCCCCGGUGAGGAAAGUGUUUUGUUGAGUUCCCGGUAGGCUGCAGCUGAUAGGAGGGGGUUACGCAGGACGGCGAGCCUUACAAGGGCUAUGACAGCGUUAGCCAGCAGCUUGACUGAAAGAACGAAGACAAGGAGGAGGGAGAAGGGCCCGUCGGCUGUCAACAAAGCGCGUCACGUGACGUGCGAGCGAGGCCGCUGAUGACAAUAGAAGGCAAAAGCGGCUGAGAUCCGGCAUCACCGAGAGCAGAGCACUGAGUGACAGGGUCCAAGGAUUCCUCCGCCGCUAGCGCGGACGCACACGGGCCACCCCAAAAGGACCUAAUGCCGCAGCGGUGAGGGAAGGGGGAUUCUGGGAGCCAUGUCUAUCAGCCUGGAGGAUACGCUGGAGUCGGACUGGGUUGCUGUUCGGCCUAAUGUAUUCGAGGAGAAGGAGAGGCGCAAGUUCGUGUUUAUUGUGGCCUGGAAUGAGGUGGAAGGCAAGUUCGCCAUCACCUGCCACAACCGGACGGCGCAGAGGCAGCGGAGCGCAGAGAAGACGGCGGGUCGUAGUCCGGCCAAGCAACUGCAGCCGAGGGAGAGCCCCACAGAGAGCCCCGCAAGGAAGGCCCGCGAGGAGCCGGAGGAGGAGGACGACGAGUGCAGCAGCUGGGCCGGACUCUUCUCUUUUCUGGACCUGAGGGCCGUCCAUCAGCAGCUGUGCUCAGUUGACAGCGACCUGGAACCCUGUCUGCCCUCCUUCCCCGAGGAGCCCUCCGGCGUCUGGUCCGUACUCUUUGGCUCCCCUGAGCUGAACGAGGCUGAAGUGGAGGAACUGGGCCGCCUGCUGCGCCUCUACCUGGGCCAUGCGCUCGACACUUGCGGCUGGAAGAUCCUCUCACAAGUCCUGUUCGCUGACUCCGACGACCCCGAGGAAUAUUACCAGAGUCUCAGCGAGCUGCGCCACAAGGGCUACGAGGAGCGGCUGCACAGGGCCCGCAAGAGACUCCAACAGUUGUUGGAAAAGCACAAAACCACAGAAGUUAUGGUCGACUUACUGGACUUGUAUCAGCUGGAGGAUGAAGCCUACAGUAAUGUUGUAGAAGCAACCACUGAACUGUACCAGUAUCUGCUACAGCCAUUCAGAGAUAUGAGGGAGCUGGCAAUGUUGAGGAGGCAGCAGAUUAAGAUCUCACUUGAGAAUGAUUACUUGGGUCCAAGACGAAUAGAGAGCCUUAAAAAAGAAGAUGCUGACUGGCAAAAGAAAGCUCACAUGGCAGUUCUUUCAAUUCAGGAUCUAACCGUCAAAUACUUUGAAAUUACAGCUAAAGCUCAGAAAGCUGUGUUCGAUCGGAUGCGAGGAGACCAAAAAAAGUUUGGAAAGACAGCCUGGACUGCAGCAGUUGAGCGUGUGGAAAAGCUUCAGUAUGGGGUUGCUAAAGAAACCUUGCAACUGAUGCGAGCAAAAGAAAUUUGUUUAGAGCAAAAGAAGCAUGCCCUGAAAGAUCAGAUGCAGAGCUUGCAGGGCGGAACAGAGGCCAUCGCCGUGCUCAAUCAAUUAGAAGCCGACUAUUAUGAUCACCAGCUCCAGUUAUAUGAAGUGCAGUUUGAGAUACUGAAGUGUGAAGAACUGCUGCUAACCGCUCAACUGGAAAGCAUUAAAAGACAGAUAUCAGAGAAAACAGAUGAAGUGGUUUAUUACGAUACAUAUGAAAGCAUGGAGGCAAUGCAGGCAACUGAAGAUAUGGCAGCUUCUAUCCAUUUACAAAGGGAAGAGUUGCAUAAGCUUCAGGUGAAAGUGCGUCAGCUUGAAGCCAAGCGUGGCCGCAUUUCAGCCAAGAAAGCCUACCUCAGAAAUAAAAAGGAAAUUUGCAUUGCAAAACACAGUGAAAAGAUCCAGCAACGACUUCAGAGUGAUGAGGAAUACAGAACACAUCAUGAUGCACAGCUAAAGCGAGACAAACAAGAUGAAGAGGAACAGAAAAACACAUGGGUUAGUCAAGAACGUCAGAAAACACUGGACAGGCUGCGAACCUUUAAACAGCGCCACCCUGGACAAGUGGUACUAAAAUCGACUAGGUUGCGUUUCUCUCAUGAAAGAAGGAGAAGUACAGUACGGGCAACCUCAUCUGCUGAUGCACCACGGUCCCUUUCUGUUAGUAUUCAGACGCAAGGAUCCUCGGACCUAGGAGACCCUGAAGUGUUACAACCCAUAAAGGCCACGAAACCAGAAAACACAACACAGCUUGAAGAUAGUUCAUUACCUCCUAAUGCCAUUACCUCCGAAUUGCCUGUAAUGUCUUCUCUUCCUACUUUUACACAUGAAAAACUUGAACCAGAAAUACAGCCAAGCUCCUUGCCUGCAUCACCUCCUCCACCGCCUCCUCCACCUCCACUGCCCCCUUCUAAGCAAGAUACUGACACAUUAGAUAUAAGAGUUAUUCAUGUAAAGAAGGAAACGGAGGAAAAGGAGGCUGCUAAGCCAGUAUCUGGCCCAUUGUCACAGUUAUUUGACGGCAAUCAGCUUCUCAAUGCCCGGAAGAGGCUGAAGAAAACAGGGGCCCUAGAGGACAUACAAAGAAGCAGAGUGAGCUCGCCAAUGGAUGAAGUUCUAGCAUCCCUAAAACGUGGCAGUUUUCAAUUGAAGAAAGUGGAGCAGAGAGCGUUACCACCUUUUCCUGAUGAAGAUGACAGCAAUAACAUUUUGGCUCAAAUCAGAAAGGGGGUUAAACUGAAGAAAGUUCAGAAAGAGGCUUUAAGAGAAUCAUUCACCCUUCUCCCUGAUACUGACCCACUAACUCGCAGCAUUCAUGAAGCACUGAGGCGCAUUAAGGAAGCAUCUCCGGAUUCAGAGGAUGAAGAGGACAGUUUGCCUGGCACAGACUGGGAGAACUAACUGGGGAAUCAACCCACUGGUGUAUGGAGUUUGUGGGGGAGCAGAUCUGAACAGCAGAUGGUGAGCAAAAAAAGAAGAACCAGAAAAGAAAUGCAGUACUUUAUAUUUAAGAACAGAGGAUUUUGUAAUAGCCAAGAAAAAAAAAUAUAUGUGGACCACAGAGUUGGAGUAACGAAUUUAGUACUAGACCAUUCAUACAGAAUUGCUGAAGCUCUUCUUGCAUCCGAAGCACUUUUAUCUUCAAAAUGAAGCUUGAAAUGAUUGGCCAGUCAUAAGGUGAGGGUAUUUUUAGGAACACUACACUGACCCCUCUAUUUUUGAAGUAUCAUAGUAUGGAGGACUAUAUAUCAUUGCACUGAAUCCAUUUUAAUCAAAGAAAUCAUCAAGGAAAAGCCUAUUCCUGGCAUCUUCAGCUUCCUUUACAGAAGACUCUGUACAAUAACAGCAGGUCAUGCCCUGGAUGUGUUUGACCUUUAUUUCUAGAAGAGGUCAAUAGUAGACGGUAACCACAUCACUGAAUACCUCUCCUGAAUAUAAAUUGCCCAUAUCUCAUUUGCAUUCUGGUGAAAGCAUGUGCUCGUCCACUUCCAGGACUCUUGUGGCUUUUGGGGAUGUACUCCAAUAAUUAGGUUUAGCUGCUCACAGAUGCUAUAAAAAGCUAUCAACUAUACAGCGUGGUAAUAAGCAAGUAGGUUUGGUCUUUUUACUAUCAUUUUUAUUGG